AUGGCGUUGGGCAUCCUCGAAGACUCGAAGCUCGACAAUGUUCCUGGGACAACAUACGUGCUUGACGACGAUGGAAGCUCCGUCGAGACGCCUGUUCCCGAAGAAUCGCACCUGAAAUACGACAAAUCGGGCGCUGUCCCUAUCAUUCUCGUUCCGCAGCCGAGUGACGACCCUAACGAUCCCCUGAAUACUGACGAGCUGCAGAAUUGGCCGCUAUGGAAACGAGACCUCAUUCUGGUCAUUCUUUCCGUCACCUCGGUGAUAUGCGCUACCACUUCCUCCAUCAUGGCCGCAAACACGGUUACAAUCGCACUCAAUUACACCAUUGAUUUCACCCAGGCAGCUCUCUUGACCGGGUACCAUCUCUGCGGAGUCGGGGUCGCCGGUAUCAUAAUAGUGCCAACCGCUCGAGUAUGGGGGAAGCGACAUCUUUUCUUGCUCGGAAAUCUCAUCAUCGUCAUCUCCUGCAUCUGGGCCGGCCUCAGCAAGCGCAACCAUACCAGCCUGAUCUGGGCAAGAAUAUGGCAGGGAGUCGGUCUCGCUCCGUUCGAAGCUCUCGUCAAUGCCGUCGUUGGCGACCUCUUCUUCGUCCAUGAGCGCGGGAAACGCAUGGCCCUCUCCAACGUUGCGCUUUUCGGAGGCGCAUUCCUCACCCCCGUCAUAGCUGGGAAAAUGACCCAUACCUUGGGCUGGGAAUGGACCUUCUACUUCAUUGCGAUCUUCUCUGGCGCCUGUCUGCCAUUCGUCUACUUCUUUGUUCCCGAAACUGCCUAUAAACGUGCUCAACACCUCAAUACCGACUUCUCAGGGGACGUCGAUCGGCGCACCGCCAGAGCAGCCGCUCAAGGAACUAUUGAGAAAGAAGCAGAUGCCGACUCCGCUGCUGGACCCAGCUCAGCUGCAGUGGCUGCCAACGGUGAUACCGUACAACCAGAUGUACCACGGAAGGCUACAUUCGUCGAAUCACUGGCUCUCUUCAACGGCCGCAAGACAGAUGAGAGCUUUUGGAAGCUUCUCCUACGGCCAUUUCCUCUCUUCUUGCACCCCAGUAUUGCAUGGCUUCCACAGGCGUGCCUCAUUCAAGGCGUCAUCAUUGGCUGGACAGUCUUCAUUGGCGUAGUCCUGGCUGCAAUCUUCCUCGGACCACCACUCUGGUUCACAGAAGAACAGACUGGAUAUCUCUACACAGGUGCCUUCAUAGGAUCCGUUGUCGGCCUUUUCCUAUCAGGCCUCUUCUCAGACUGGUCUGCCAACCUACUUAUCCGCGCCAACAAGGGCAAAUAUGAGCCCGAAUUCCGUAUCUGGCUCGUCCUACCUCAGCUGGUAUUCAGUGGCAUUGGCCUGUUCGGCUUCGGGUUUGCUUCUGGAAACGUGUCCAAGUACGGAUGGGUGAUACCAGAUGUCUUCUUCAUGUUUGUUCUUAUCGGCAUGGUUAUGGGAGCUGUAGCCAGCGCCCUUUACAUUGUUGAUGCUCAUCGUGAAAUUGCCAUUGAGUCAUUCACUUGUUUGCUUGUGUUCAAGAACAUGUUCAGUUUCUUGCUCACUUACUUUGCAUACAACUGGGUGGUUCUAGGCGGAGCCAAGAAGGUUUUCCUUAUCAUUGGCGGCAUCGAAGUAGCUGUCUGUUUGCUCAGUGUACCAAUGUGUAAGUAA